AUGAAUUGUGUAAUUAUCUCCGCAUUAUUUCUAUUUGCGAACGUUCAAUUUGCAUUAAUAUUUGGAAAAAUUUCUUCGAUUGACUAUGCACAAUUUAACUUUGCGGUCAGCUUGUUGAAAGAAAUAGGACAAGGUGGUAAAUCUGCCAUAUUAUCUCCUCUUUCCGUGUCAACCGCACUUUUUAUGAUUUAUCUCGCAGCAGAUGAAGAAACAAAGCAACAACUGCAAAAUGUUCUUGGAGGAACUGCAAAAAAAGCAGAAGUUCGAAAAUAUUUUGCCCAUUUGCUGGCAGUUAUUGAUGCGAGAAAAAACGAAAACUACACACUGAAUAUAGCAAAUCGUUUUUACGUACAGCAAGGAUUUUCUGUAAAGGAAAGCUUUGCCAGAGUACUUAGAUUUUAUUAUGGUGAAACAUUACAUAGUUUCAGUAACGAACAGAGUCAACAAGUUGCUCAGGAAAUCAACAAUUGGGUAUCGCAAAAGACUAAUCGUAAAAUAACAGAGUUAAUAACAGCAGGCGAUAUCAAUAAGAACACUAAAAUGUUGCUACUAAAUGCAAUAUACUUCAGUGGUACUUGGGAGACACAGUUUGAUGACAUGAAUACUCAUGAUGAAAUAUUUCAUAUUUCUCAGCACGAAACGAAAAAUGUGUCAAUGAUGACAUUACAAUCGGAAUUCCCGUACUAUGAGGACCAUUCUGUGCAAGUUAUCAAAUUGCCUUAUAUUGGUGAAGAAGUGGAAAUGGUCUUCAUAUUGCCAAAAAUACGCUUUGGCUUGCAAAAUGUUCUGAGAAAUUUAACGGGUCGAGAUCUACUUUCAUAUAUUUCUUCAGCUACACCAAACGAUGUGUCGCUAAAAUUACCGAAAUUCCAUGCUAUCAGUGAAACAGCUAAUUUCAGAGAGCUUACUAAUGAUGCAAUCUCUGUAGGCAACAUCAUGCAUAGAGGCUUCAUUGAGGUAAAUGAAAAAGGAACCGAGUCAGCUGCUGCCACGAUGCUUGAUUUAGUACCUCUCAUAUUUGCAGUACCUAGGCCAUUCAUUGCUGACCAACCAUUCCUAUUUGCAAUUGUUAAGAACUUGAACACAAUUCUGUUUGCAGGCCAAUUUGCCAAGUGA